AGUUACCAUGUUUAAAAACAAGACAGCGUGGUUUUCCAACAGUGUCAAGAGGGGAAUUCGCAGUGUUUGGGUUCGUGAAGGUGGGCUCAUUGUUUCUUGGAAGAGAGCAUCGUACCUGUUCAGUGAUGAUGCUACCUGCCCCGAUACAGACAGAGUGUUUACCAGCAGGGAGUACAUGGAAGGCAAGCUGACCGUAUUCCACAGUGCCUUCAUAUCAGUGUGUGAUGUGCGGCAGAGCAUGAAAUCCGUGGCCAUCGGACACUAUGUGCUCCCACCAAUACCUGUUCAGGAAGAGGUGAAAGCAGUUAUCGGCAGGUUCAUCUGGGAGGAGGAUAAUCUCACAGAAGGCCCUGAUGAGGAGGCGCAGGAGGAGGGCCCAGAACCACAGAAGCAGAAAGGGCAUCGUAAAGACGGCUCAGCAUCCAAGCAGAAGAGCGAAAAUGGUGAGGAGGUGCUGAUGAGUCUGGAUGAGCUGCUGAUGGCCACAGGGAAGGAGGAGGAGGAGACGCAGGAGGAGGAGACCUGCUGUGGAGUACAACACUACCCCGUCAACAACAUGCUGUCAGGAUAUGUGGGGUCGGAGCAGCUGAAGAGGUACGGUGGGGAGCUUCACGACUUCCUGCCCGGCCAGAGCGGCUUCUCCGUCAGCGUCCGCAGCCGAAGACGCCACCGCAACGCUGCCGCCACGGCCACCGAUCGCACGCAGCACAACAAGACCAGGAAAUAACUCAUCCGAAACAAGCAUCCCAUAUCACUCAGAAAUAAACAAUCAGAAAAAGUCAUAAGAAAAAGCUUGACCAGAUUGACCAGAGCGGGCAAGGCCUGAAAAUGACCAGUAAGAAAACAAGCAUCCCAGAUUGUACACAGAACAAGACUAGGAAAUAAGGCACCACAUUAGAUUGGCUACAAGACAAAAAGGGCAGUAAAUAACCAAUAAGAAACAAGCUCCAGGACAAGACCAUUACCAAUAGCAAUCAAACACACUGGGUACGUUCCAAUAUGCGACCUUGCGUCCUCCACUUGUGCUUGUGGCCUCGUACCAGGAAGUACUAUGUCGUGAUGACAUCACUGGCCUCAGCAUUAUAUUUCAAUAUCUCGCAAAAGCUCAAUUGUAAAGUCAUUUUCUCAUUUGCAAACUGGAUGGUGAAUGAAGAAUAGUCCCCCAAAAAUUGUUGUGGCUAGGCUCACAGCGAGGAAACUUAAUUGUUUUCUCCAUGGAGGCGGGGCAUCAGCAAAACGUGAGGCCACAAGCACAAGUGGAGGAGGCAAGGUCGCAUAUUGGAAUGCACUCCCUAUGCUCUGAUGAAAAUGUACUGUGUUCACUCAUUACUACGUUCAGUACUGUAUUUAGGGGCACAGAGUAACGCUACCCGCAUAAAUAAACAAACAAACAAA